AUGGAAAAAAGGGAUUAUAAUUUUUUUAAUAAUUAAACAGUUUUAAAAUACUUAUAUGCUGAUAGUGGUGAUUGCUUAGAAUAAGUGAAUUUUUUAAACUUUAAUCCUAAAUUUAGUUAUUGCAUAAUUAAUUAUAAAAAACCAUCAACGUAAACUGAUAUAGAUAACAUGAAACAAUAUUUCUCAGAUAUGAAUUGCUUAAAUUCAAUAAGUUUUUAUUGGGAUUUAUUAUCAGGAACUAAUUGUAUUUCAAACAGGGAUAUAACAAUACAAUAUACUCCCUAAAACCCGAAAACAAAGAUAUAUUCCUUCAAUCUUUAGUAUUAGUUAUUUACAGGAAUGACUUCUAAACCUAAUUUAUUAUCGAAAAUUGAAAUAAAUUAAGUCAGCUAAUUAAGCUAAUUAGGAUAUAUUAUUAACGAUUAAAGAUCUUCUUAUAAUUCGAAUUCUAUGAUAAAAACAUAGUAAAAUGUUGAUAGUUUAACAAUUAAAAUAACACCAUUUUAUAAUUAUAUUGGCUAAAAUUAUCAAAUUUAUUUUAAAUACUUGUAUCUAAUAGUUUAAUUGUGUCAAGCCAAUUGUGACUAAUGUGAUUAUAAUUAAGUAUGCUUAUAAUGUUCUUCUGGGUAUGUUUAUAAGCUAUCUACAAACAAGUGUCUAAGUUCUUGUGAUAGUAAUGAGUUUGUAAAUAAUUUGAACUAGUGCUAAUUAUGUGAUAAUAACUGUGCAAGUUGUCAAGGCCCAAGCUCAAAUAAUUGCUUAUCAUGUAAACCAGGAUUAUAUUAUGAUUAAACCACUAGAAAAUGUUUUAUUUGUGAUUCAAACUGCAAAACUUGCGAUGGUCCUAAUUCAAAUAAUUGCUUAUCUUGUAAUAUCGGAUUAUAUUACAAUUAACCUACUAAAUAAUGUCUUUGUGAUUCAACUUGUAAAACAUGUGAUGGCCCUAGUUCAAAUAAUUGCUUAUCUUGUAAUAUCGGAUUAUAUUACAAUUAACCUACUAAAUAAUGUCUUUGUGAUUCAAGUUGUAAAACAUGUGAUGGCCCUAGUUCAAAUAAUUGCUUAUCUUGUAAUAUCGGAUUAUAUUACAAUUAACCUACUAAAUAAUGUCUUUGUGAUUCAACUUGUAAAACAUGUGAUGGCCCUAGUUAAAUCAAUUGUUUAUCUUGUAACUCAGGAUUAUAUUAUUAGUAAGCUGCAAAAUAGUGUGUAAAAUCUUGUAAUCAAAAUUAAUUUCCUAACUCACUAUUGUAGUGUUAAUCAUGUGAUAGUAGUUGUGCAAGUUGUGAUGGAAAGGACUCAAAUAAUUGUUUAACUUGCUACACUAACAGCUUUCUCUACAAUAAAAAUUGUGUUAGCCUUUGUCCAAAUGGGUUUUAACGUAAUUUUAUUGCGCUCACAUGCGAUUCUUGCUAAAAUUAUUGGAGCCUAUAAUGUAAUCCCUGCAAUCCCACCUGUUAACUAUGCGAUUAAUCUUAAAUUUUAAAUAAAUAAUGUAAGACUUGUUAUGAUGAAACAAGAUAACUUUCAAAUAAUGCAUGCGUUUGCAGAAACUAACAUGAUUAAAGGAAUAUAUUUUAUUAAUGCAGCUAUCAAAAUAUUGCUGUUGUUGAUGCACGAUUAAGUGCAAUAUCUCCAUUACUGACUAUUGAUUUGGGAUCUCCAUUGGUGAAUAUCAUUUCAAAUACACCUUAGUCUUUGUGUUCAUAGGUAUUUGACUCAGCAACUUUAGACAUGCUUGGCUUAGAUUCUUCAUGCCAAAUUAGCGGAAAUCAAAUUUUGGUUUAAUUAAGCAGCUCGUCAACAAUAAUGGAAAAUAAUUCAAUUAAUAUCCUGCCAAAUAAGUUACAGUUUAUAGAUUAUAGUUCCAAUUUCAUUAAUAAAUUUUAUAGAAACAUUACUUUCUAAGAUCCUCCUGGAAUUCCUUAGCUUUAAUUUAGCUAUAAUCACAUAGAAAACAGCUGUAACUCUAUAAAUAUAACUCUUAAUAACCUUUAAAAUGAUGCAGGAAGACAAUUUAUGAGUCUAAAUUGGACUCUAAAUCAAAUUGCAGGUCCCAUAAGUAAGGAAUAGUAAGAAACUAUAAAGGACUUAUUAUUAAAAGCAAGCUAAAACAAAAGCACUAGUUUAAUCAUAGAUCCUAAAUUCAUACCUCCAAAUAUUAAUAUAACUAUAUCAUUUAGUUAUUUACUUAAAGUUAACUCAACUGGUACUUAAAUGUUCACCAUUAUUUAUCAAAAAUAAAAAUUUAUAAGAGUCAACUAUUAGCAAUCUCUCUAUCCUCCAAUUUACAGAUCUAUGAGCUUGAGUUUCUACUUCUAGUUUUACAUUGAGAUAUGUGAGUUAGGCCAAAUAACUUAUUUUAAUGAGCCUGUUGAUUUACAACUAGUUUCUAACCAGCUUUAAAAGCAAACCCUAAGUCAAUAUAAUUAAUCAAGCUUUCAAUAUGAUAUUCUCCCUUACUCCUUAGCAUCUAACUAAAUCUUUAAUAUCAGUCUGAUUUUGAAUUUGAGUUCAGAUAGUAAGAUUUCUGCCAUCCAAAAUAUAUCAGUUGAUAUUUAAAUUACAGAUUUGUAUUUGUAAAUUAUUGGAGGCUCAAGUCUUGUUUUAGGCUAUCAAAAUAAAAUGGUCUUAAAUACAGAUUCGAGGGAUUAUGAGAUUUAAGAUUAAAAUUCCCUUUAAAAUAUCAACUUUAGUUGGAAGUGUUCUAGUUUAACCACUAAUGACCAUAUUUGCUAUGAUUACUAGAAUAAGAAGAUCUAAUUGCAGUAGGGAGCCAGUAGUAUUACAUUUCCUGCCAAAACGCUUUAGCCAUACACUAUUAUUUAAUUAACUGUUGUAGGAUAAAAAGAUUCUAGGUAAUCAAAUUACACCACUACUUGUAUAUUUACAGAAUUAGAUAUUCCUCCACUCAAAAUUAUAUAAACAGUAACUAGCAUAAACAGAAAAAUUAAUUUGAAUGAUGAUCUUAAUUUUUAAAUAGUUUAUGGUGAUAACAUUUCAUCAGAUUACUUAUCUUAUGCAGGAGCUAUAUUAUAUGAUAAUGAUCCAGUAGCAGCUAUUAAAUUUGAUUAUUUCCAAAUUAGAUUCAGAAUUUGGAACUAUUUUUAAAAUAUAGGCCCCUCAAAGCCAACACUUUAAAUAAGAUUUUCUGUGUAUAAUCCCUUAUUUGUUAUGCCAAGCUCAUCAGUAAUUAGCCUUUAAAUUAAUAUUCCCCCUCAGAAAUGUGUUUUAAAUAUAAAUCCCUUACAAGGCAUAGCCCUGUAGACUAUCUUCUAAAUUUAAUUGUUAAAUUGUAAAGAUGAAGAUCUUCCUCUGACUUACUAGUUUUUCUACUACAAUAGUGCAGAUGAUGCUGAUCAAGAAUUAGUUUCUCCUUGGAAUAUAUUAAGAAGAUAAAUAUAAGAUUAGGCUAUAAACAACUCAAUUUAAACAAUACUACCUACAGGAAAUCUAGUAGUUAUGGUACAGGUUAUGGAUUCUUACCUAGGAGUUUAUAAUACCUCGUCUAUAGUAUAGGUUCAAGCUUAGAAUAAAUCAUCUGACGAAUAUUAUAAACUGGUCAAUCAACUCACUUCAUAAGCUUUAUAAAACUCAAAUAUAUAAGUCACUAACUAACUAGUGACUUUAAGCAUUAUAGCAGAAGACAUCAGUAAAAGCAAUUAGCUUUAAUAGCAAUUGAAUGAUUAGGCAAGUAUAUUGAUUUAAAAUAUAUAUCAAUUGUCUUUAUAAAUACCUAAAUUCUCCCUUUUAUCUACAUUUGCGAAUAAGGUAACUGCCUAGUUAUCAUAACUACUAUUUAACUCAUCCUAAUAAAACAAUUUUGCCACAUAGAAAAUUAAAAUAUUUGGUUAAUUGUAAACAAUACUCCAAAAUACUAAUUCAAGCAUUCAAAGUAGUAAUCUUAGUCAUUUACAACAAAAUAACGAUAUUCAAAUUCAAAAUGUGGUAGAUUCUUUUAAAAUUUUAAACUCAAGUGUUACUUUGCAUACUAAUAACUCAUAGGAAGAUUUUUAAUCCUACGAUAAAAUAUCAAGUUAGAUUGGAAAUCUGCUUAAUAAUAUUAGUCUGCCAAACUAAGGACCAAUUAUUCUAAAUGGUGACUUGUCCAUUCUUUUGUCAGACAAAGUAACAUAGAAAAACUUAUUCAAAUACGUUCUAACUGUAGAUGAAAACAAUUCAGUUAAUUAAACUAGCAUAUUUAGUAUUUCAAGAAAUAAUUAUAAACAAAAUAUUUAUGAAAACACUUCAGAAUUUUUGGCGUACACAUAGCAAUUCAAAAAUAUUAGUUAAAAUUUCACUUACUCAAAGAAUGAAGUAAUAUCACCAUAGAUUUAUAAUUCUUCUUCUUAAACAACCUUAAACCAGUCUACUAUUGUUUACUAGUUCAAUAAUACUAAUUCUAGUAAAUUAUAUAAUAUGACAUGCCUCUAAUAAAAUAAUAUUUCAUGGAGCAAAUAAAAUUGUAAUAUAAAUAAAAUUACUUAAAAUAAUUACAUCUGCUUGUGUGAGUCAUAAAAACCAACAACUAUCAUUGAAGAUAUUGAUGACUUGUUCUUAAAAAAUAAAAAUCUGUAGACAGCAUUUGGAGAAUAAGGUCUAUUAAAUAUAGCAAGUUUUGAGAACUUUUAUUUGUAUAUAGUAUUUUGGCUACUGUUAUUUUUCACAUUGAUCCAAAUUUUUUUAUUUAUCAUUGGAAAAUUCUUAGACAAGUACUCAGUAAAAAUACGAUACUAAAAAGUUCAUAAUCAAGAAAUAAAUAAUUAAUAGUAAAAUGAAUAAUUAUAAGAGUAGGGAUAACAAUAAUAAUAAUAAUAAUAAUAAUAAUAAUAAUAAUAAUAAUAAUAAAUGGAUGAAAAUAACUAAAAUAUUUGUGAAAAUUCUAAAAUGAUAAAUAAUGAUAUUAUAUUCUAGCACUCUCCUUUUACUCAUUAAUUAAAAAGUAAUUAAAAUAUCUAACCAGAGAUAGAGUAAAAUCAAUAAGUUUUAUCACCUCUUGAUUAAAAUAUAGGUAAUAGAAAAAGAAAAAGAUAAAAAUUCCUCAACUUAUAAACAUAACAAACCGAAAAAAAUCUAUUUUAAGAAUAAAAUAUUGAAACGAACUCAGAGAAAGCCGAAUCUAAUUAAUUACAAAUAAUUAAAUAAUAAUCAAGUUCUAAUAGUGUUGAAAAAAUAAAAACUCAAACAUGUUCAGAAACCUAAAUAAAAUAAGUUUUAGAUGAAGAGGAAAUUUAGUAGUAAUAGCCAUAAUUAACAGCUCAUUGA